GAUAUGAUGAUGAAUGAGGGAUGAGAGCAGAUAUAAUGAUCACACUGUUUAAAGCUGCAGACAGAAACAUCAGACUCAGGACAGAAACACACGACCUCUAAAAAAUGGAGCAAACUCUAUAUUUCAUUCUUCUUCUCAUUGCUCUCUGCUCCGUAUCUGAAUGUGUUCAGCGUCAGUAUCACUUUAUAAACGUGAUGAAGAACUGGACUGAAGCUCAGAGAUACUGCAGAGAGAAUUACACAGAUCUGGCCACCGUUGACAACAUGAACGACAUGAUCGAGCUGAACAAGAGUGUGAAAGAUUCAGGCGUUCAGAAUGUCUGGAUUGGGCUGCAGAAGACGGGUGUUGAUAAAUGGCAGUGGUCUUCAGGUGAUCCUGCGCUCUAUCUGAACUGGGCUCCUGGACAACCUGAUGGCAGAGAUGAGUGUGUUAUGAUGAGAAAUGGACAAUGGCAUGAUUUGUCAUGUAGUAACAGCCUGACUUUCAUCUGCAGUUCAUCUAACAACAUGAACACAGGACUCGUCUUUGUCAAUCAGACGAAGAAUUGGAGAGACGCUCAGAGUUACUGCAGACAGAAUCACAUUGAUCUGGUCAGUGUGAGGAACCAGAAUGAGAGUCAACAGCUUCAGAAGUUCAUCAAUGAUAGUCUCAUAUCUGGUGAUGUCUGGAUCGGUCUGUUCAGAGACUCAUGGCAGUGGUCAGAUCAGAGUAACUCCUCAUUCAGAUACUGGAAUACUGGUGAACCUAAUAAUGCUGGAAAUGAAAUCUGUGUAGAGAUUUAUCCGAACGCUCAGGGACAAUGGAAUGACGACCCUUGCAAUAAACAACAUCCUUUUGUGUGUCAUGAAGAUAAACUGAUUCUGAUCAAAGAGAAUCUGACGUGGUCUGAAGCUCUGAGAUACUGCAGACAGAAUCAUACGGAUCUGGUCUCGGUUCAUUCAGAAGAGAUUCAGCGUGAGGUGAUGAAUGUGGUUAAACAGGCGUCUACUGAGGAGGUGUGGUUGGGUUUACGUCACUCCUGCACUGUGGGCCUCUGGUUCUGGGUGAGCGGACAGACCGUGUGCUAUCAGAACUGGGCUCCAGGGAACGGCACAGGAGAGGAAGAGUGUGAGCGUACAGUGAGAUCUGGAGCAGUUCAGUCUGGAGGAGAUCAGCACUGGAUCAGCCGUCCUGAAACUCACAAACUCAACUUCAUCUGCAGCAGAUAUGAAGAGUGAAUGGAUACACAUACAUUUCAUGUAAGAUAACAAAUGCUUGUGUGUUCACUUCCUUUAACUUCAUUUUCAUUCAUCACUUGGUUGUAAAGUAAUAUUUUCACCCUCAGUAGGCAGUUGUAUCUGAGGGUGAUGGUCGCUUUCAAAACACUGCUUCAUGAAGCUUUGAGAAUCUUUUGUUGUGAAUCAUUCAGCACAAACUGCUGAUUUCAGUAAACAAGGCUUUGUUACUUUUUUGAAACAUUUCGAAAUUUUAAUGUUUUGCCGCUAUGAUCUCUGUGAAGAUUACCUUUUCAACAGGCCUUUAUCACACUUUCAUUGAAAAGCGUAAGCUUCAAAUAGUAGCGUAAGAACUUCUGCUGUCGCCUGAAUCAAUGGCUGUGCUCAUAGCACGAGAUUGUUGUGAUUUAUUUAUGUCAAAUUCAGCACAGAAACUUCUUCUAAAGACACCAACCUCAGUUUAUGGUCAUUAAUUGAGUAUUGUGAAACACAGAAAAAGGUGUCAUGAUAUUCUGACGAAUAGUUCAUGAUUUAAAGGGUGAAAGUCAUACUGUAUGUGUAUGUGCAAUACUUCAGAGUCUGAUCACCUUAUUUUAUUACAGAUCUCAAGAAUACAAUAUAAACAACAGAUCACAUUAAAGAGCAUUACAAUUAGACAAAGCUUACAAUAUUAAUUACUACUCAAAUCUGUUUGGGGGAGAUUGAAUUAAAGGUUUGGGGGAGACUUGUUGUAUUAAACAAUAAUGAUCACAUUUUGUUCAUGCACUUACUUUAUGAUGCAGUCAUCAAUAAUUAGAUCAAAUUGAUUUUAUUCAAAAAUAUCUGGUUAGAUCAUAUCCUCCGUGUUUGAGUGCAGUGAUUGGAUAGCAAAAAUAGGUGGCAAAAAUAAACAAAAUAUUAUGAAAAAUAAAAUUAAAUGAGUCUGAUGAUUCCUCUGGCAGUAACUUGAGCUGUGUGCUGCUAAUGUCUGACAGCGCUGACGAUCACGUCUCUCAGAUAAUGAUACACAAUAAAAUAAGAGACUUACACAGUAGGGUAUCAUGUAAGUAAGGGAUAAUGUACAUCCAGCCGGUUGUUAUCUCAGAAUAAACCCCGACAGGGUGAUCAGGACUUGUAUCAGCCUGAAGGGGUUUUAUUCUGAGAUAACAACCGAAUGGAUGUACAUUGUCCCGCUUAUUACACGGCUACUUGCCACAUAAGUAAAUAAUUAGACACGAAAUAGAUAUACAAGAUAUUGAUCUGAGAUUAAACUGAUUUAAAAUCGUACCUGUUUGUUAUCUUAAUCCAUUACAGUGAACAAAACAAUAGUCGCAAAAUGGCAGCAGCUGCGUUUGUAUGAAACGAGAGAGCGAUACCGGAUGACAUAAUUAAAUAACUACAAAAUUUGACUGCUUUUUAAUAUUUUAUUAGCUCACCAAAGGCAAAACUUCCAUGAGGAAAAACCGUUCCUAGCAAGCACAUAGCGCUGCAGACUUCAGUAACCCGGAUGAGCCUGUGUUAACUGUUUUCAGCGGUUGUUAUCGGGGAACAACAUACCGCUGGAUGGCGCCAUUGACCAAUCAGAAUCAAGUAUUCCACAGAGCCGUGUAAUAAGUCUAAAUAAACAGUUUCAAAUAUUGGCGUUUGUUGUUCAGUUGUUAAAGGGGUGAUGAACUGAGAAAUCAAAUCUUCCUUGAGCUUUUGACAUAUUAGAGGUCAUCAUACUAUAAGAAUAUCCUGUAAAUUUCAGAGCUGAAAACUUCCUUGUUAGUCCAAUAAAAGCUUUUAUUGACACCAGACCCAGCAAACGAUGGGAUCUAUGACGUCAAAGGGCAGCAAGCACCGCCUUCGCAGAAGAAGAUCAACGCCUACUUCAUCACUGCCUGUUUAGCCCCGCCUACCGAUUCACACAUGACAUGCAACAGAAUAGGUAGCUUAAGUAACAUAGUAACAUAGGCCUAUGUGGUGCUAAACCAGAUCGAGCUACCAAGCAAUAAACAUGCCGUUGAGGAUUACAAAAUAUUGUGCAGUGCCUGGACUCGACAGUAAUGCAACAUGUAAGUCACUGUGUUAAAUCUAAUGCCUGAUCUGAUAUUAAUGAUUCACGUACAGUCAGAUGUUCUUUGUCUGUGUGUCAGUAAAUCAAACCCAUGACUAAACGUCAACUUGCGUUGUUUCUCUUAGUAGGAUUAAAAUAAUCUGUUAUUAAACGGUGAUUGAAUUAUAUAAAGAAAGCGAUCAAAGAAAGCUCCCUUUGUAAUCGUUGGAGCAGCGCGCGCUGAAGCUGUCAAUCAAACAGAGCGAGUUUAUCAGUGACCGAGUUCUGGACAUGCGCAAAAACUCCCGUUUUAUUCAACGAAUCUCUUAGUUAUAUCGUGUUUGCACUGUUAGUGAAGAUGAAAGCAUUUGUUAGUGUACAGAAUUGAGUUGCAAUGAUGAGAUCACUGCUUUCCUGAGCUCAACAUGUCUGUGAUCGACUACAGUGUUCAUCUCUGCAAACUUUCAUGCCACUAUAGAGUACCUCAGGGAUGACGUGUUUUUGUAGGCCAACCCGGAAGUUAGCGGCGCACGGGUUCCCUCAAUCGAAAGCCUAUGCAUUUUCCCCAUAGGCUUUUGGAAAAUCGCAAAAAAUAAGCUCUGUGUUUAACAAAGGGUUAUGACACUUACACGUUUUGUCUAUCAAGAUAAUCUUUACAAGUUAACACAACAUUUAUACAUUUUGAAGCCUAAAUAAAGUGGUCAGGUAUAAAAAGCUAACAGUAGGCUAUAAACGGACUACAGCACACCAUGGUCGCGGAUCAACGUCACCACCACCAAGCUUCCUCAAACUUUAUUAAAAAACAACUUUAUUUAAAAACAUGCUCGCUGAUUAUGAUCUGCGCUGUGUAUGAAUACUUAUCCACUUUUUCAUGAGAAAUGCUGUCCAAAUGUCCUGUUUGUCAUGAUGACGUCUAAAGUCCCCGCCAAAGAAAGUAGUCCCUUUCAGCAAUUUGUUAGCAACUGCCGUCUUUAAGACACAAUAAAGGUUUAAAACAUCACAAGCAGGUUAUAACUGGUGUGUUUUAUGUCAUAGAUCAAAACAUGAAAAUAUUUAGAGGCUUUGUUAACCACAGACCUUAUUUCGGGCGAUUUAGCAAAAACCCAUUCAAAAAACCCAUAACUCACUUCCGGUUUUGCCUACAAAAACACGUCAUCCCUGAGGUACUCUAUUUAAAUAUAAUGGCAUAGAUCUAAAUGUAAUGUAGCACUUUUCAUGAUUAGUUAACCUUGAGAGCUGUUAUAGUAAAAAUGUGCUAAAAGUUUUCGAGAGUGUAAUACUUGGCUAAUUCAAAUGCGAAGAUGUCAGCCAAUCACAGCAGUGGGCGUUUACACUGAAGUCUCACACAGACACGCCCCUUAAAACAGAGUGUUCAAAUCAGAGGCUAAAAUCAGGGUAGAAAAAAUGCCUUUUAUUUCUAAAUUAUGACAAUUUUGGAUGUAAAAAGCAUAUUAACAUUAUAAGUGCACCCCAGGAAACAUUAUAAAACAAUAAAACAACGCAGUUCAUGACCGCUUUAAUUGUUAAGAGCCUCGAUGUCCACUGUUUGCUUUCACAAACUCUUUCUGUCUCGUUUUGUGUUAUUUACUAACUUCAGAGUUAAUUGAAUUUUGUGAGGGGUCAAAGGGCAUCAUAUACUCAUCAUUAUACUGUAUGUUUAUACUGUUUUCUUUCUAUUCUAUCAUGAUAUAAUUCAUGUAACUGAAGAUGGUGUGAGUUUUUUAAAUUCCUCAUUUGUGUUUUAAGGAUCUCUGUAUGCUGUUGUGGCUACUUCUCUCUCUUAUAUUGAGUUUCAUGUGUUAAUCAUGACUUUAUAUUAGAAAUGACUGGAUGACUGUGAAUCAAUGAGCACCAACAUUAUGUGCCUCAGCUAAAUGAAAUAUUGUUUAUUCAUGAAGGAGUGAAGGUUGGGUAUAAAAUAUCUAAUUCUUUUGUGCUAAACAUAAAAGAACGUGUCAACAACAGCAGCUCAAAUAAACUCACGUACAACCAGCAAUCUGAUCUCUUGACUGUUUCCCAACAUCAGAAGAUCAUUAUAUCACAAAAUCCAACAUGGUUUAAAUCAUAUUUCAAACAUUUUGAGGAUACAUAAGCUGUGUCUCAAUUCAGAUACUGCAUCCUUCGAAGGUUGUAUUCAAAGAACGAAUGCGUCACAGCGGCGUGACGAAGGCUUUCCUAUUUCAAAGGCUUCUUCGAAUACGGCCUAUAAAUGAAAAGUCCUUCUUUCCCCGGACCGUGACGGACAGAACGAGUGGAUCCUUCACAGCCCAGCCUAUCCCAAGAUUCACUGCACACCGGUGACGACUGGAUUCUUUCAAAGAAAACUACAGGUUGUGCUUUGGUGGUCGAUGAUUUACAUUUAAAUGUAAGUUGUGUGUUUUAAUUAGCUUAAAUAGUUAGCCAUAAAUGUUAGAAGACCAAUGGCCUAAAUAUGUCAUUGAAACAAUUGUAAUAAGUUUCAAGCAGGGGCGUUUCCUCCGAGGAGGCAAGGGAGGCAGCGCCUCCUCAAAAAAAAAAAAAAAAAAAUAGGAUGAGAAAUUAAUCCAUAUUACAUAUAAAACAACACAAAUAUUACAAAUUAUGACAUUAAAAAGAACACAAGUCACUCGUAUUUCUUAAGGAACACUGCCCAACAGCGACACCCGCAGGUAAAGUUACUGCAGGAGUCAUGCCUCCCUUUGCUCUCAUAGAAAACCAUCAGACUCCUAUAGCAUGGGUUUUGUGGGGGUUAAUUGAGAAUGAAUGGGGGAAAGUCAUGUGAGAGGAGGCAAUGUCUCCAUCGCGCUAUGAUUGAAUGUAAUUGGUUAUUAUUGGA